GAGUCUCGAGGGAGUGGAGGGACUACAGUUCGCAGAUAGUGCUGACUGACGCAAGCUAUGACAAGCAAACAAGCUAUUGACGUUUUGCGCAUGCUCAUAUACGGCGCGACAAGGAAAAGGUGCUAAAGACAAAGGACUAAACAACCCCAGGAAAAGAGGCGAAACAUUUAAUUUAACCAGGAUUAUGACAACCAUACUACAGUAUCGCAUGAAUCGGAAGCUGUUUUCUUAAGAAGUCGUCUGUCUGUCUACAUGUCACAGAGCCUCCUGUAUCAGGUCCCUCAUCUUUUCCACUGGAGCAAACUCUGUGGUGGAGCCGUGGUCCUCUGGGCUCUCUAGAAAUGGAAUUAACUCCUAUGCUCUCAUGACACUUGAGGUGCUCAUAAAAAAGUUACGAUGACACACAUCAGAAUGGAGGAAGUUGAAAAAAGAGACUCAUACUCUUGCUUCUCUUGCUAAUUUUUCCUUAGAUGAUCCUUGUGGUUCAUUCUAAUUUUAUACUGAAGCAACUGGAAUAUCAAUGUCUACACACCCAACUUUUUGUUCACAUUCAAUUUGGGCCUCCUCACUCAACUUGAACACUGUUUGCCAGCAGUUCUUUUCUUUUCUUCCAAUCGUCCCUUUUGAAACAGCAGGUGUAGUUGAAGUGACCUGGCCCCCCUCAGUGUCAUCCAGUAGACCCACCUCCCCCUUCCCUUGUCACACACUCGCCCCUACAGCAACUGAAAGGUUGCCAUUAUGAUGCUAGUCGUGUCAGCGUAGCAACAGGGUGAUGGGGAGUGCUCCAUGUUCUGGGAAGGGGAGGGCAAGAGGGGGGCUACAGGACCUGGGCUGUAUGCCAUGGAAGCUGAGCAAGCAGAAAGGGGUGGGGGUGGUGGUGCGGGGAGGGAUGGGGGGGGAGAGGUCAGACCUGGGAGAGCAUGCUCUCUCCACCCCUCCGGCCACGCCUCCACCGCCCAUCUACCACGAGAAGCAGCGGCGGGAGCUGUGUGCUCUGCACGCGCUCAAUAACGUCUUCCAGGAUGGGGCAGCUUUCAGCAGGGAUACUCUCCAGGACAUCUACCAGAGACUCUCUCCCGGCACUCUGGUAACCCCCCAAAAGAAGAGCAUGCUUGGAAAUGGGAACUAUGACGUGAAUGUCAUUAUGGCCGCUCUUCAGACCCGAGGAUAUGAGGCUGUCUGGUGGGAUAAAAGAAGGGAUGUGGGCAGUAUUGCGCUAUCCAACGUAACGGGCUUCAUCUUGAACGUCCCGUCCAAUCUGCGCUGGGGUCCGCUGCGCCUGCCACUCAAACGCCAGCACUGGAUAGGGGUGCGGGAGGUGGGUGGAGUCUAUUACAACCUCGACUCCAAACUACGUAGCCCACAUACCAUCGGAAACCCUGAUGAGCUCAGGAAGUUCCUGCGUUACCAGCUUAGAGGGAAAAAUGGUGAGCUCCUAUUGGUGGUGUCUGAGGAGGUGGAGGUCCACCAAACAUGGAGGUCAGAUGGCUGUUGAUUGAAUGUGCCCGGCAACCUUUUCUCUACCGGAUUAGACUUUUCCCAGUUGUUGCUCAGGAUAACAUGGUCCAAUCAGGGGACAGAUUGAAGAGCAGGUGGGGUUGUGUUCAGCCAAUCACACAGAUGCACACCGACCAGACAUACUUUUUUUUCUCACACACUCAUUGCUGGACUCUGGCUGAUGAGACCUGAAGCGAUGAAGGAAACCGAUGAAUACAGGGAGGUAAUGAAGAAAUCACACUACACAACGUUAUGUUUGGUGUUUGGGAUUCUGUGUUUUUAUAUAUAUAUUGAUGACUAUUUUUUUUUUGUACGUUUCCAGUUUCCAAGCCAUUCAUCUGUUACUCUUGCACUUGCUAGCUCUCUCUCGCUCUCUGUGUCCUCGCUCGCUCUCUCUGUGUCCUCGCUCGCUCUCUCUGUGUCCUCGCUCUCUCUCUCUGUGUCCUCGCUCUCUCUCUCUGUGUCCUCGCUCUCUCUGUCUCUCUUUGUCUCUCUCUCUGUCUCUCUGUCGUUCUCUGCUCUACUGUGACAGUGUACAUCUCUUCUUUACCUGUCUGUCUUCCUCUGAUCAUGUCACUGCUCACAAUUAAAUUUUUUUCACCCGGACAACAUUAAAUCCUGCCAAAAAAAUAAAUAAAGUUUGUACAAACACAGAGCUAAUGAUGACAGCAACCAAUGGAAUGCCAAGCACUCCAUGGUGUGUCUAUUGUGUACAUAGACUGUAAUAUAGUUGGUGAGAAGCACGUUUUCUCAAUAGCACAGGAGGACCUGUGUAUGUAGCUGUUUGUUAGUUGGAAACUCUGCUAGUUCAUGUCUUCAAAUUAGAAAUCCUCUUGGCUGAAGCCAUGUUAGACCCAGGUAUUGACACAUGGCUAUAUAAAUAAAGGUUCAAUGAAAAUGUAUUAAUGAAUUAAUUGACAAAUGGCUAUAUAUUGUAUCAUGGUAGAGCCAGGAUUUGUUCUUGACCAUGCGGCCUGACCAGGAAAAGCCACACACCUGUUUUUUUGGCUAAUCAGGGCCCAGAGUUUUUUCUGGUUAGAUCAUGUGGUCAAGAAAAACUCAUGACCUGCAAAAAUCCACCAGCCAAAUAUACAGAGUUGUGGAAUUGGUACAAAUGCUAAUUAAGGUUUCCAGUUAUUCGCUGGAAAUGCACUGAUGUUAGAUUUGGAUCUAUCUGAAGAUACCUUGGCUGUAAUGUCCACAAUGGUAAAGUCCACAAUGGUAAUGUCCACAAAAAGUAAAGUGGAGUCAGGGGAAAAGGUUGACAGUUGAGGGAGUAAUGGAGAGAGAAAGUAUGUCCGAUAGAUGUGUAGAAGAAAAAGGGAAAGUUUGAGAGUCCAAGACCUGUUAGUUUAGAAAUUGAGAAUUUUUGACAGCUGUUUGAGAGAUUUGGUUGAUAGAUCUUUAUCAUCAUCACAACAACAUAUUGUGAAUUAUUUAAGACUUGAUAAGGCCUUAACUUGUUUACAGAGGAUGCAGACAUUAUUGUCUACCAAAAGAGGGGUUGUUAAAUUUUGCACCUGGUGGGCUCAAUCCUAAAAGCUUUCCUAUUCAUCUGAGCAUCCAAUCACAUGAUUCAUUCAACUGAUAAUUUAAUCAUUUGCAACAGUCACACAUCAUGAGACAAAACAAUGAGGUUGCUGGUCUGGGGAUGCCCCUAGGGGACUUCAGGUUGGGCAACCAAACUCACCGGUAGAAAAUCCCUUUCAAACCAGUAAGUAGUGACAUAGUGGAUUUAGCGUUUUGCCAUGACAAUCCCACCCACCUCCCUUCUGUUAAAGGGUCCUGGUUGUGUUACUGUUUUCAGUUUUUUUUUCUCACAAAAAUAAAAUGCUUGUAAUGGCACUUUAUAUGUACACCUGA